CAAACCUUUCAGAGCUCACAUCAAUUCUGGCUUUUAUGUCGGAAAAAGGUUCUCUUGUGGUGCGUCUCGUCUACAUCCCAGAACCAACUUUAUCGUGACUCUUAUCAUUUUCAGUAAGAAAAAUGAAUUAUUAUAGUUUUCUUUAGUGAAGAACAUUCUCGCGAUCAAAAUAGGUCAUCAGAAUUGAGACUGGAAUUGAGUUGUACUUGACAAGGUCGAAAAACGACGCAUUUAAUCAAAAUUAAUUGUACACACGUGUUUGAACGUAUUGGUAAAUUAAGGACAAUAUAUUACUCGCCAAAUGUAUUCAUAUAUCGCAACAUUCCAUCAUUAUUAAACACGUUUUGUUUUUUGAACAAAGUGGGUUUAGUGUUUCAGGCGAAAUUCAAAUAUCGAAUCAAACGGUGCCAGAAUUGAGAAGUGUUAAAUAUUUAAUAUGUUAUGUUGGCAGUUUGGCUUGCGUAUGGUUAGUCAAGUACAAAAUAAUAAUAAUAAUAAUAAAGUACAAAAUAUCGUCCACGUGUAUGCCUAACUUUGCUGGCAGGGAAGAAAAUGUUGGUGUGUCGAAAUUGUCCAACUCCAUAAAACUCAUGAAUAAAUAACUCUUUACAAUCUAACAUCUAAGUAUACUCGUGCUCAGUUUGAAUCUUUCUCUAAAGUUUGGUGUGUUCAACAAUAUUUAAGUAAAGGGGGAAACACACGGCAAAAUAUCCAUAAAAUUUGCAUUAAUCGAAUAUCGACUGAUUGAACUGGACAGAAACAGGCAAACGGUACCACCUCACCCAACUCGCUUUAUCCAUCCUUCAUGGGCGGUUUGGCAACUUUUCGGCAGUGCCCGACACCUUUUCAGUGAAUGAAGACAUGGAUUACUCGUUGGCAGACUCUGCUUGGUCUCACUACGAAAUCGAUUGUGCCUUAGAGGACACUGACAACUUCUACUCGUCAAAAAAAGAGAUGCCGAAAAAGGUCAUCCGGUUUCAGUUGGACUCGCCGUCCAAGAUGUCGAAAGCGUCGCGCGGAGGGGAAGCUCUGUCCCUCUUGUCAGGCCAGGUGCAGGUGAAGCAGGAACGUGGUGAGGACGACUUUGUGGCCCCCGUUCGACCUCCACCCGGUCGUGGAGCUGGUGGGGAGCGCCGAGUGCCCUGUUCCAUCCAGAAAGUCCCCUCCAUUUCAGACCUCUCGGAUCAAGAGAGCUCAAAUUCACUCGAUUGCCAAGCUCAAGUGCCGCCGCUAACCCCAGGAACUAAUAAGAAGAUGACAGAAGCUCUCAAAGCCUCAUUUGGAUCUUGGGAAAAAGAGCUUGGCCGACACAAUAUUCCAAAAGAUCCUCGCCAGUGGCACGAAUCACACGUUGCACAUUGGUUGCAGUGGUCAGUUAACGAAUUUACCCUCCAAGACGUGAAAUUGGACAUGUUUCAAAUGAAAGGGAAGGACAUCGUGGCCCUUGGACGUGAAGUCUUUAUCGCCAGAUCGCCUCCAUUCACGGGGGAAAUUUUGUGGGAACACCUCGAGAACCUGCAGAAAGAAGUCGAGUUGAACCGAAACUCUGGCUUGUCCUCGUCCUCCUCAGCGGACAUGUAUGACUCCGUGUGCGCCGUGCCCGACCUGAACGACUUCCUCUUGGAAGGCUACGCCGUGGACCAGAAGAUGAGCGCAAUGCUUGGCGAGGGAGUGGUGCUCCCCCCUUCGUCCUCCUCCUCAAACUCCACUUCUUCCUCCUCCUACAUUAAUGGUUACAGUCACCAUCUCGGGGAUGGGGUGCAACAACUGAGUGAGCUGACCAACGGGGGCUCGAGCUCCAACGGAACAGCGUCAGGCCCACCGAGUGGUUCCGGUGCGGGGAGUGGGGACGAGAACGGGUAUGUUCCCCAAGGGUACGACGCCGACCAGGACUACCACUCCAUUUCAGACAACAACACCCAUCCUGGAUAUGUCGAAAAUUCUCCAGAGUUUUACUCCCCCUCGCUCCUCGACAAGGCCUUCCAGCCACAGACCACCUUCAUCAACAAGAGUUUCUCAAGAAAUCGUUACGGGGAUGGGUACAGUGACGCUUAUGGGAACAGUCCUCACAGCCAUCACGGCCACUACGACUCCUCCCCACCGUUCCAAACCGUACCUGGGUCGGGAGUUCAGACGCCGGAACACUGGUCGCCAAAUGGGGUCAAUGGGGUCACAUCCACCACUGCUUCCGGAAGUGGGGCCAACACACCUGUCGACAUCCAGCUGAAUUCCCACCACCUUCCUCACCCAUCUUACCUCUCACACCAUCGAGAACAGUACCCCACCCACCAUCACACCCAUGUCUCCAACGGUGAUAUCAAACCAGUCAUUCCUCCAGCCAUGCUGGGUGGCUACUCAGGCCCUGGCAGUGGACCAUGUUUCACUGGCUCUGGACCAAUUCAAUUGUGGCAAUUUCUCCUGGAGCUCUUGACAGACAAAACCUGCCAGAGCUUUAUUUCAUGGACGGGGGAUGGAUGGGAAUUCAAGCUCACGGACCCAGAUGAGGUUGCCAGGAGGUGGGGAAUUCGCAAGAACAAGCCCAAGAUGAAUUACGAGAAGCUGAGUCGUGGCCUGCGCUACUACUACGACAAGAACAUUAUCCACAAAACUGCGGGCAAACGCUACGUGUAUCGCUUUGUAUGUGACUUGCAGAGCUUAUUGGGAUACAGCCCAGAAGAAUUACACGCCAUGGUUGACUUAAAACCAGACAAGAAGGAAGACGAUUGAGAGCGACAUCACAAAACACUUUUUCCCAAAACGAAGAAGAAAUCCAUUAAUCGACAGUGAUGAAAUUCUACUAAUACACACACAUUGCAUUGCCAUUCGUGAACCAAUGCAAUGCAUGUGUCGUUGUUGCUCUUUCGAUAAAUUAUAAUUCACAUUAAUACAAUAGUGUAGCUGGAAGAUACAUACAUAUAUUAAUUGUAGUAUUUAGUUGUAAGUUGAUAAAUGUACCUAAUCUUCUACGCUUUCCCAGCACAACAACCAACCAACGGCCCAAAUUUACCAAUCCAUAUUUACAUAGCGAUGAUUCUUCGAGAUGACCAACACAAAGAGAAAUGCUCUCUACUAUUACUUGUGAUCAUUUUUGUCAUAUCACUUUCACCAUCAGCACGUAUGGAUCACAACAGGGGUACCAGAGCUAUGCAGGAGAAGGAGGAGGAAUAUAGUUCCGACCUCUGCUUCGAUCAAAGUUAUUCACCCGAUUGUUACCCUAAUUAGUUUAAGGAAUAUCUAAAUAAGAAAUGGAAUCCAAUCACAAAUUAUUAAGCCGUGAAAAGCAUGUGAAAAAAAUACGGAAAAAUUAUAUUGUAACGAAAAGUCACUAAAUCAGAUUUCUGUAAUUUCCAAUACUUGCACAUAUUACAGCACAUAGUUUAUUGCGUACUUUUUGUGGAACUGUGUGUGGCUUGAGGACGAAGAGAAUGUAUACCCGGUACUUUAACCAACCAGAGAAAUCGAAAAUUUAUGAUCGAUCUUUAAUAUUUCUAGUUAUGUAAUUUUUGCAUUUAAGACGAGUUACAUAUAUUUAUCUGUAUUUCAUUUAGGGCCAAACUACAAAUUUUACGAUAAAUAUUUAUAUAUUUUGUGACGACUCAGUUGUUAUAAGUAAGGGCUAGGUGUAGUGCAACUGUACAUAACCUGCAUAGUUUAUAUGCGUCGCAUAUAAUUGAUAAGAUUCUAAACGCUGGUUCAUACAUUUUGAAUCAUAAUGAGCUAGGAAUUAUUAGUUUUAUGAAAAACCAGACUCUGAUGACUGUAAAGACAAGCGGCCAUGGAAUAUUUAUAACCAUUUCACUUUCUGAUUUAUGAGGCGCCCCAAAAAAACCUCGACCACAGUGGAUAAUGUUACUUAUGUAUAAACAUAUUUACAUCCAUAAAAGUAAAAUGCGCGAUAAAUGUUUUAUUUUUUAAUUCAUCAUUUUAGCGUCAUACAUUAUUUUGUGCUGUUCUGUUUAUUACGAUGAUUAAAUUAAGAAUAAGCCGUGCUUCGGUGUGGCACUAUUUACAUUGAUUGGAAUGGUACAGGGAACAAUUUGUAAAAAAGUUUAUUUGCUAUGAUAAUAAUAUUUCAAUCCUGUUGGGAUAAGACGGUAUAUUUGCUGUGGUUAUAAGCGUGAAUGAAUGUAUGCAAAUUAUUCCUCAUUUUAGUUACACGUUGAGUUAAGCCAGACAUUAUUACAUAUGUAUUUGUAUGUAGUUUGGUUUUUUUUGGAUCAAAUGUUACCAAGAAAAAAAUUCUUAUGCUGUACUUGAAGCAGUCGAUGGAAAAACAGAGGUUACUAAAAAAUGUAUAGUUUUUAUAGUUCUACUUACCAUGCAGGAAAGUGUAGAUACUUUUAGUUAGCGUGUAAAAUGUAACUUUAUCGAUAACAAUGAUGAUGGUCAUCCGCUUCUUCUUGGUUCAUGUUUGUCUUUUUGUUCGAAAAAUCUAUUAUAGACUGCUGGCCGAGUAUUAUUCACGCUAUUUUGUGAAUUUAUCUACGAAGCAAUCCAGUGCCAGCGUUUGUGAUCUCUAAAAGCAUAAUUUUAAAGAGAACAUAAUCUAAGAAAAAUAUUUACUUGUUUGACUUAGAGCCAGAUCUCGGUUCCUCCGUUUUUUUGUGUUACAUUUAAUUUUCAGAAAAGAAGGUAAAAAGAGUAAAAGAGUUGUAAAAUUAGGCUGUCCCAUUCAUUAUUGAUCUUUUUUUUCUUUUUGUAAAAUUCAAUCGUCUCAUCAUUAGAAUGUGCCUUGCUAAAAAUUGUAACAAUCACAAAAUCAGUGGAACACAAAAUAUACACAUAUGAAAGUUUAUGCGUGUAUGGAGUAGGAUAUUUAGCUGUAAAUCUAACGUCUUUCGUGGCAAAUUUGUACAAAGGUUAAUUGUAACUUAAAGCUUAUGGUAUGUAUGUAAUAAGUAGGUUAAAUAGAAUUAAUAAUGAUAAGUUGGAAAUUAUUUGAACUGAAUCAAUCAUUCACAACCAGCAACACGGACAUAUGCGUCAGUCAUGUUGAAUUAUUAGCUAACAAUACCAAACUUAAGGUUCUGGACAUACACGUAUGACCACCAUUCUUCUUCACGAAUUGGAUAUCAGCACAAUGUGAAAUUGUAGAAAUUAAUGACGUGCUUAAUUUGCUUAUCACAAAUCUUGUUGUGCAGCGUUUCUUAAAUGCAGUCACUUUUUAGUCAAUAUAGGUCACUCUUGCACGUAAUAAUGUAUAAAUACAAAAGCAGCAGGAUUAUGGUCAACAAAUUCGGCAUACACGAUCAGAGUAAAUAAUUUUAGAAAAUAAAAAGUUACCCACCUUAUCUUUAAGCAAAAAAGUAUUGUUUCGCCACCACACCACGCUCCGCACCCACCCGUGUAGGCUAUGCCCUCUUUUCGAAACAAUAUAUUUAUUCGGGCAAUCACAAGUUUUGUUCUGGUCGCACCAUUUCAUUUGCUAUGUUGUACAUACAAACACAAUUUAUAAUAAAUAAUAAUUUUAGUAAUUUAACCCUAAAAAUAUUAUGAUUCAUAAAAAGUACUCGUUCCAUAGAGUAAUUAAUAAUUGUUAAAUAUUAUGCAUGCAAGAGUGCGUGUGCGUGGGGAUUGUUAGAUUUCUCGAAAUAUGUAUGUUUAGGAAUGUUACUUUCGUUAGCAGUAAUUAAAUAUGAUGAUCGGAGUACAAUAUUUAAGGAUAAUUGACGGAUAAGUGACAAAAAGUUGGUUGUGUGGUCCGUACAAUGUUUGGAAAUUGAAUAAAAACUUUUGAAAACUGAAA